UUUUUGAACGUACUCUAAGCAAAAUGCCGGCCUGAUUAUCUUCGGGUUUAUCUCUUACUAAACUUUGGGAUGUGCCAGCUGAAAUUUUUAACAUUAGUGCAAAAAAUUCAGCUGGAAGGAGCUGCAAACCUGAUAUUUGUAUUUUUUUCUAUCAUAAUAUUUUGAUUCAUGCAAAUUAAUACCGCCCAAAUUAGUACGCCCAAUUUGGUACUGAUUCUUACAUCGAAUGUAAAUAUUGAAAUGUAGAGCGAGUUUUUUAAUUCAUCGAUAGAUCUAUCACAUGAUGCGUAAAUACAGCAAAACGUUGCAUUUUCGUAUCAUGCGAUGGAUCCAUCGAUGAAUUAAAAAAUUUUACCAUAAACCUUUACGUACAAAGAGUACUAUAUAAAUUACUAACCUCAAUUAUCUGUCACUUGGCCAAUAGUAGUAAUUCAAUAACAUUCGAAAACAUCUACAAAGAAGUUGAAAAGAUGAUUUUUAUCAUUUAUAUAAAAUGUGACUAUGUAAAAACUAACAUUUUAUCAAGAUGAAACUACAAGAAGGAAUUGUAUCAAAAUAUUUGUACAUCACAUAUGUAAUUACAUCUUAUUGGAUAGUGUCCAUUUUGACUGUAUUUGUAAAUAAGGCAUUAUUAUCUAGUGAAAUUGUAAAUCUGGAUGCUCCACUUUUUGUAACUUGGUUUCAAUGUAUAGUGAGCGUAAUAAUUUCUGUUAUUUUACGUAAACUAUCACAAUGUUUCCCAAAGUAUAAUCUAGUUACAAGUGGUACCCCAUUUAGUAUAGAUACUUUCAAAAAGGUAUUGCCAUUAUCAAUCUUGUUUGCUGGAAUGAUAGCAACCAAUAACUUAUGUUUAAAAUACGUCGACGUCGCCUUUUAUUACAUAGGUCGUUCAUUGACGACUAUAUUUAAUGUUGUGUUCACUUAUAUUUUACUCGGGGAAAAGACCUCUUUCAAAUGUGUAAUAUGCUGCGCAGUCAUUGUCGGUGGAUUCUGGUUAGGUGUAGAUCAAGAGCAAGUGGCAGGUUCUCUGUCCGUCCUUGGGACAUUUUUCGGCGUAACUGGAUCACUACUGGUGGCCUUGUAUAGUAUCCGUAUGAAACAGACGCUCCCAGAUGUAGAUCAAGACGUCUUCCUGCUGUCCUACUGCAACAAUAUGUAUAGCGUUGUUCUUUUUAUUCCAUUAAUGUUAAUCAACGAUGAACACACUGCUAUAUUUAAUUACGAGAAACUAUGGCAGCCUUUCUUUUGGUGUGCCAUGACAACCGGUGGUUUGUUCGGAUUUGCUAUUGGAUACUUUACCGCGCUUCAAGUCAAAGUCACGUCUCCCUUGACGCACAACAUCAGCGGUACUGCGAAAGCGUGCGUGCAAACGGUCUUAGCAACUUAUUGGUUUAACGAGACGAAAACAUUCCUUUGGUGGGUGAGCAAUAUCAUCGUCCUAGGCGCCAGCGCAUAUUACGCAAGGGUUAGGCAAUUGAAACUCAGUAAAGAGUAUAAACUAGUUCAACAGUUGAAAGUAUAAUAACGAUAAUAAAAAAUACGAGAACCUUGUUAAAAAUUUUAUAUAUUUUAAAAAUAUUAUUAUUUAUAAAAUCUCUUUUGUAAAAUCCGCUUAUGUAUAAAAAUUAGUUUUACAGAUAUUUUACGGAAGUUCGAAGAAAGUGGAGAAAAAAGAUUUAGAAGAUAUUAUUCAUAUAUAUACACACGGAAAAAACAGUAUGGUUAAUCCAUACAUAUAAAUCUGAUUAUAAUUAAAUGUAUACAUAGGCCAACUAUGCUAUUUUUUCCGUGUACGCAAAUUGACGCGAAAUAUUUCCUUUCUGUAAUAAUUAUGUGUGUACAUGUGACGCGCAUAUAUAAAACAGUAUUAUAAUUUAAAAUAUUGAAUAAUAUACUUAGAAAUGAAGUUUAUAAUAUUAAUCGUCCUGCUAUUUUCUUGUUUUCUAUAUGAUUAUAUAAGUUGAACAAUCAGUUAUCAUGCAUACAGGAGAGCUUGUAGAAAGUUCUACAUAACUGAGAUUACCUUCUAAUAUCACAGUAUUGCGGUCUCCAAUCAAGAUUCUCGAUCAGACCUUACAUAUUCAUCAAUAAAUCGUACAUAUAUUUAGAAUCGCGACGCAAUCCCAUUUCCACGACUGUCGGAGUGACUCGACAGCGAGUCUUUCCUCCUGAUAAUCGCGUUAACACUCUUGAUGAAUAGACUGUCGUCAGUGGGUAACGAGGAUAUCAUGGGUUGUAAUCGAAUACGUAAUGCAGUCUCCAUCGAGUGUCUUUGAUUAUUCUCAAUCACCAUACCGUCGGAAACGUGGUAAUAUCUGCGAAAACAAAAUUAUGUAUUAUUAUUAUAUGAUUAUAUUCUAACUUUUCCAUCAA